AUGAACAGCUUUGAAGCAUUUGAAGCUACUUUGGCUAAACUUGAUGUGAUUGAAGAAGCAGCACCUCAACCGAACCGUUUAGACAAAACCAUAGCUACUUUGCUUCCUCAUCAUCCAAAGAACGUUGAGAACUUUCCGAAAAGUUCAUCGCCUGAGAAAACCUUUCGAAAUGUCUUUCACAGGUUCCUUUUCACUUUGCUCGAAGCGGUUCAAAACACUCACAGUAUCUUAGUUAGGCAUGAAUUAUGUUCUGCUAUUUAUAUUUUGGAGAAUUCUAUUCGUUUAAUAGAUUGUAAGAAAGUGUAUUAUCGUGUCCUUUUGGCCAUCAAUAUUUUCAAAGAUUCUCAGGGCUUCGUUCGGGAAGAUCAUGUGGAAAUUUCAAAAUCUUCUCUAUUUCCCAAUGAAGAAGCUUUUGAUGUUUCGAUUCUUCAACUCAUUAUGGAUGCCGUCGUACAAAUCAAAGAAACCGUAGGACUCAAAAAUUUACAAGACGCUUUGGCUCCAGCAUGGAACGAAGUGUGUAAUGAAGCGAACCCGGAUAUUCACGAUAUUGUGGUCGCCGGAGCGAAUAGGAACCCACCUCAUUAUUAUGAACCUUCUCUCUCCGCCAUGAGAGUGAUUACAACCAUUGCACAUCAAUUGGAGUGCUCACCGAAUGAUCUGAUUAAUUUGGAAGAGCAACGAAUGGAGACCCCAGUAGGAGGAGUCGAAGGUGUUGAUAACAUCAGACAGAACAAGAACGCUGUUGUGUUCGAGGACGAUGUUGGUCCUGGACCAUCAAGCAUGAAUGAAGUUGAUCAGGCUCUUAAUGCUGAAGAAAUGAACUGCACGAAAUUAGUCUUCACAAUCAGACAAAGUUUUCCUGAUUCGUUCCAAGAAGUGUCAAAAUAUUUGUUACAAUUAAUUGAAUCCAACAAGUCAACAGAGCAACUCCAAGAAGAAAUAACAAAUUUGCUAGGGUUUGAUGCUAUUGAGCUUGCAAUUUCUAUACUUGAGCAUCGUGAAUCUCUAAAGACGGAAAUCAAGAAGAACCGUCAGAAGCCUGUUGACUCUCGCUUGCUGGGAUCUGCAUCUGAUGAAGUAUCUAACUUUGGUUUAUUUAUGUUAUGCGGAUCCCACAUAUUUUUAAAAACGCGCAAUUGA